AUGCUAUCAUCCGAAGACGUCGAGCAAAGGAAGAUGAUCAAGGAAGAACCCCAGAGUCCGGCGAAGGAAGUUCCCAAAAAAGUUAAGAAAUACAAAAGGGUACGCACUUCGUACACGGCGCAUCAACUCUUGAAGCUGGAGAACGAGUUCGACGCGAACAGAAUCAUCGGCAAGAACAGGCGCAGCGAGAUGGCGCGCGAUCUGAACAUCACGGAGAGACAAAUCAAAAUUUGGUUUCAGAACAGACGGAUGAAGAAGAAGAAACGCGACAAACUGAAGCUCGAGGAACAGUUGAAAAUACAGUUUUCACCUAUCACCUCCACCAACGACACGCCGUCUCUAGAUUUGAAUUAUCUUUCGCAGCAUAUGAAUGUUGCUGCUGCUGCUGCAACCACGUCUUCCUUGUAUUAUCAGCAGCCGCCGCAGUUGCCGCACAUUCCUCCAAUGCAAAUCUGCCAACCGCAGCAGUUUCCAAACAUUACCUUUCCCUAUAACAACGAUUACUAUGGCAACAAUACCUAUGGUUACGUGCCCAACUUCCAGGGUGGCGACGACAUGGGCAAAUACGUCAGGGACUUCGACGUGGCGUAUCUGAAUCCGUACGGUCUCGAAUCCAGUUUCGUCGUUUCCAAUUUCCAAUUUUAA